GAGCAGCCCGAGGCCCUGCGGGGCGAAGCGCCGCUGACACCAGCGCACCCCGCGAGCGCGGCGCCAGCGUACUGUUGCCACCACAGGUCGUCCGAGAGGCGGCCGAAGGGGGAGUCGAGGCUCCGAGAGUGCACGGACUGCCAGACUGUCGUCGAGACGAAUUACCUG